AUGGUUGUAAAUCCCGAGGUCUACCACCUCAAACCCAACCGACAUGCUCCGAACAAUGACAAUCCGGUCCUGAUCUAUCGAGAUUGCCUUCCACUACCAUUUUCGGAAGAAAAGACCACGGAAUUUCUCGAGUCACAUGCUUGGGUCAAGAAAGGGACAUGGGGUCAUAUUCCGAUACGGCACUUCCAUCCCAAUACACACGAAUGCUAUGGUGUCUUUCAGGGCGAGUCUACGAUCCUUGUGGGUUGUGGUACACAUGAUCUAGAGGACGAAGGCACCAAAAUUGAUGUCUCGGUUGGAGAUGUCAUCGUCCUACCUGCUGGGACUGGCCACUGCAAUUUACAAAGUAGCAAAGACUAUCAGUACAUUGGUGUUUACCCCAAGGGUGCUCCGCAAUGGCGUAACGAACUAGGAAAGAAACCGAUCAACCUCGAGGAAAUCCGCAAGGAAAUCACCGCUGUGGAAAUGCCGAGCCAGGACCCUGUCAACGGUGCCAAUGGGCCCUUGUUGAGUCUCUGGACCAAGUGA